AUGAAUAUGCAAGAUUUGGUGACGGUGGACCCGCCAGCACUAUCUGAAUCAAGGAAGCGAUUGCGAACGUCCCAUGCGUGCGACGUAUGCCGCGGUCGUAAGAUAAGAUGUGACGGCAAGCGUCCCUGUGCUACUUGUGUAGCUUCGGACCAGCCUUGCGCAUAUGGUUCUGAGGCUAGCUCGCGUGGCAAGACAGACUUGGUUCUUGAUGGAGUGUUACGAAUCGAGAAGGCUCUCAAUCAACUGAACUCGACUCUUGCUCAACAUACACACGGACCUAUCCCAAUACAUGGAGCAAACGUCGCAUCUCCAGCUACAGUCCCAACCUCAGCGAGCCCCUAUAUAGACUCACCACCAGUUACGGAAGCUGAGCCUGGUCGUGCGUCUCAUCCAAAUCCCAGGACUUCGACCACUGCAAACAACGCUCGCAAUGCCCAAAGAAAUAGUUUCGAGAAUGCAGUUCUUGACUCUAUGCACACAUCCACGACCGAGUCUGUUUUGUCAUGGCACCAUUUUAACAUAUUCCCAUCUCUACGCAAUGGUUACACAUCCAUCUUCCAACUAGAGCAGUCACGGCCCGUAUUACCUAUUAAACAAUCCACCAUAUACCCUUAUGUUACCCCCGAGGACGUCAAUUGCAUAUUAGAGUCGUUCGAGCACAAGGUCAACUUUUGGUAUCCAACCAUGUCUCAAAGACAAAUUGAACGAACAAAGCUGAUGUUGAACUCCGGGGUAAUGUUUGAAGAUAGUGUGGAGGCGUGUAUCGCUUUGUUGACAAUGGCUCUCGGGUGCGCUAGUCAAGUUACAACAGAUAUGGAGGUUGGCAGUAGUGUGUCAGAUCAAGAUGCCAAGCGGAGGGCAUCCAAAAGACAAAUGGGCGAUGUUUAUUUUGACGCAGCGCUGAAAAAGUCAUAUGUGGCGCAUCUGGGUGUUACAUCAUUGUCAGCUCAGUGCCUGUUCUUCGUUGGGCUAUACUUUGCCUUCCUCGCGAGGCCGCUUCAGGCUUGGGAGUACAUUGGUGCAACUGCUGCCAAAUGCAUGAUGCUUUUAUCCUAUCCGCCUGAUGAAGCAUCUCAUGAUGAUAGAGAGCGUAUACGAAGGAUAUUUUGGGCGUGCUAUAUCCUCGAAAGUGAUUACAUUGCCGAAUUAUCUGCUGGCCCCGUCUCUGGCAUUUCCCGGAUAGAAUCCUCCAUCCCUCUCCCAGGCACCUACAACACGCAUACAAAUCCGACCGAAGAAGAGCAAUCUUCACUCUACUUUCUUGCGUGCAUUAGUAUACGGCGACUAUUAAACCGGGUGCACCAACUCCUCUAUGCCAGUGGCACUGGUGCUGCUCUAGACACUGCUCGCUUUCCCUGUAUUGUUGCCGAACUCCAGCAUCAACUGGACGAAUGGCGGAACUUUUUACCCCCCGCAUUGUCCUUCAUCGUGGACACUCAUCCGACAUCGAAUGCAGCCAGUGGAUUUUUGAGACAGCGAUAUCUGACCUGCAGGAGUGUCAUCUACCGUCCGUAUUUGAUGUGGCUGCUUAGUGGAAGUCGUGGCGGCAACGACGACUUGAAUGUUAGUUCUCCAAGUCAAGAGGCUAGAAAGAACUGCAAAGAAUGCCUAGAUGCAUGCUUGAUGCAUAUUCUCAACAUCAGAGGGUUUCCACAAACCGUCCUCGUCGACACGUGGAUCUGUUCGCUCUCGUGGGAUGGCAUGUGCGAUGCUCAUUCUCUUGGCCGCAUGUCGUGUCCCCUCACUAAGAAGCCUAAUCGACCCCGACGUUCUAAUUGCUGGUGA